UGUUUUUGGUGAAAUAUAUCGCGAGAGGUUGGAAGCUGAACCGGGCUUUAGCGUUAGAUUUGCCGGGGCUGUGACUGCGAGCUGCUGCUUUAAUCCUCCCUACUUCAGGAGAAAGACAAGGAGGUUAGAGAGGCGAGGCAGCGAGCACUGAAGCCGUGCAUGAGGAGAAGGGAGGGCGUGUGUUGAUUUGCGAGGUGACUGGAUAGUGGAGAGCUGCUGCGGGCUCCAGUCGCACACAGUCCCCACGCUGCCGCUAGAGUAGCCGAGGAGCUGCGGGAGAAGCUAUUCUCGGUGCAGGAUAGGAAGGAAGGAGGGUGGUUGCGGGGUUUGUCCACUUCUGGAGCCAGCGUCACCCAGCCAGCCAGGUGGUGUCCACCGUGCGGGGAUCGGUGAAUAGCUUCAACACCGGAGACAGCAGCCACUGUCGUCGUUAUGGCUUCGACUACAACCUGCACCAGGUUCACAGAUGAAUACCAGCUAUUCGAGGAACUUGGAAAGGGAGCAUUCUCGGUAGUGAGACGAUGCAUGAAAAUCUCGACAGGACAGGAAUAUGCUGCCAAAAUCAUCAACACUAAAAAGCUCUCUGCCAGGGAUCACCAGAAGUUGGAGAGAGAGGCUCGCAUUUGUCGGCUACUAAAGCAUCCCAAUAUUGUUCGGCUCCAUGACAGCAUAUCAGAAGAAGGGUACCAUUAUCUAGUGUUUGAUCUUGUGACUGGAGGAGAAUUAUUUGAAGACAUUGUAGCCAGAGAAUACUACAGUGAAGCAGAUGCCAGUCAUUGCAUUCAGCAGAUCCUGGAAGCUGUGCUACACUGCCAUCAGAUGGGUGUGGUCCAUCGAGACCUGAAGCCAGAAAAUUUGCUGCUAGCUAGCAAAAUGAAGGGAGCAGCUGUGAAGCUGGCAGAUUUUGGAUUAGCAAUUGAAGUCCAAGGAGACCAGCAGGCAUGGUUUGGUUUUGCUGGUACGCCAGGAUAUCUUUCUCCUGAAGUAUUAAGAAAAGAUCCCUAUGGAAAGCCAGUUGACAUGUGGGCUUGUGGCGUUAUUCUGUAUAUACUGCUGGUUGGUUACCCUCCUUUCUGGGAUGAAGAUCAGCAUAGACUGUACCAACAGAUCAAAGCUGGUGCUUAUGAUUUCCCUUCACCAGAGUGGGAUACAGUCACUCCAGAAGCUAAGGAUCUUAUCAACAAGAUGUUAACCAUCAAUCCUGCCAAACGGAUCACGGCCUCAGAAGCCCUGAAGCAUCCAUGGAUUUGUCAACGAUCAACUGUUGCUUCAUGCAUGCACAGACAGGAGACUGUUGAAUGCCUCAAAAAAUUCAACGCGAGAAGAAAACUCAAGGGUGCUAUUCUCACCACAAUGCUGGCCACACGAAACUUCUCAGCAGCAAAAAGUCUGAUGAAUAAGAAGACAGAUGGAGUUAAGAUAAACAACAAAGCCAACGUAGUAACCAGCCCAAAAGAACCCAUACCUACCCCAGCACUGGAGCCCCAAACUACUGUAAUCCACAAUCCUGCUGAUGGAAAUAAGGAAUCCUCAGAAAGCACCAAUACAACCAUUGAAGAUGAAGACGUGAAAGCUCGCAAGCAAGAAAUUAUCAAAGUUACCGAGCAACUGAUUGAAGCCAUUAACAAUGGAGAUUUUGAAGCCUACACGAAGAUUUGUGAUCCAGGCCUCACUGCAUUUGAGCCUGAAGCGCUUGGUAACUUGGUUGAAGGAAUGGACUUCCAUAGAUUCUACUUUGAAAAUGCUCUGUCUAAGAAUCAGAAGCCAAUUCACACCAUCAUAUUGAACCCCCACGUCCACUUGAUUGGUGAUGAUGCAGCCUGCAUAGCGUACAUCCGGCUCACUCAGUACAUUGAUGGCAGCAGCAUGCCGAAAACCAUGCAAACCGAGGAAACCAGAGUCUGGCAUCGCCGGGAUGGGAAGUGGCAAAAUGUCCAUUUCCAUCGCUCAGGAUCCCCCUCUAUACCGAUUAACUAAAGGAAAUGGUGCCACUGCUGGAUUCACAGCGCUGACUAGAAGAUUACAAUCAUACUCUAGGCACUUCCAGUCUAUUUUAACGCAUGUUUCUGAAUGCAUGAUGCUCUGACGGUGCACUUGUGACAUGUCCUUUGCUGUUAAUUCUGUAAAUUUUUGCUUUCACUUCAUAGGAAUAUAUGUUACAUACAGAAUGAAACCAAAGGAAGGAAAAAUAUUGAGAGUACUUUUUAAUUAUUUAUGCCAGGUUUCUUAACUUGAUAUAAUUGUAAACAUCUAAAUAAAAACUUAUUUUUUUCUGGAUUUCACAUAUUUUAAAACUAAUGUACCCCCUAAUUAUUAUAAGAAAACACUGUAAGUGGCACAUAUUCUUAUUCUCUUACUGUAGAAAUACUUUUAUAAUAAAUAUAGAAGGGGAUCUCCUUAAGGUGGCAGGGCACAAAACUACUUACUUCCAAAAUUUGUUUUACAACUAGAGUUUACCAGUCAGGGCUGACUGUAUCAGCCUGAAGGAACACCUACUGAAGUAGCUGAACAGCCAUUUCAUUCAUUGCUUUAUUCCCAGCUGAAACAUAUGGAAAUUUAUGUGAAUUCUAACAUGCUGAUUCUUUAACCGACCAGUGUCAAUGUCCAGUAUCGUUUUCAAGUUGACACUUUAUUUUUAUUCACUCUGGGUGCAAUAUAUUUCAGACAAUCAAGCUUGCUUUAUAUGGUGAUGUGCAGAUCGUGAUUUGAGUCAAAUGCUUUGGUGGAAAUAGGGUUAGAUUUUUGUGAACUAUGUUAACCUGCUAUUGGUAGUUACUCAUAGUAUUAGAUUUAAUAAAAACAAAACACAGAGCCAUUGAAUAUAAACACCAAAUAUAGUGGAUCUCUCUGAUUAACAUGCAUCAAUUAUAUAAGAACUUCCUUGCCUAGGCAGCUGAUCAAACGGACUUAAUAUUUUAAAUUUUCUUUCUCCUAAAAACACAGAAAUCGUUGUUUUGAGGUCAUCCAUGAGUAAUUUCAUAUUGAUACUUUGUAAUCUGAAUUUUGCUUCUGCUUCCGUGUACUUUUGAGAUGUUCUUGUAAAGAUUCAAGUUACCAGAUAUAUAUCCCUCUUUAGGAAGGGCAUUUCCUCCUCGUUUCUUUGCUGCUUCUAUACUUAAGAGGAUUAUAAUAUAAUGCAUGCUAUCUCAAGUGGUGUUUUCAGCAUCCAUGACUCACAUUCAGUGAUUAAUUCCUGGCAGAAUUAAUUUACUUGUAUUAUUUUUUCUUGCAUGUUCAUUCUUCACCCCAAAAAUUAAUAUGCUUAGCUGCUGUUGCUGGUAAAAUAGAUGGCAAUAAAGUGUACCCAUUACCCAUGGAUUCAGAUAUUGUGUUUAAAUGAGCAUGUAUGUUUAAUGCGCCAUAUUAAUCUGCCAAUAAGUUCAAUGGAAAAAUAGGGAAAACCUUUAGUUUCUUGGUGACUGGCUGUAGUAACCUUGCAGUAUAAAUACCUAUAUGUAUUAUCUCGAAAUUUUAAUACCACAUAGCGAGCACGACUGUCUUCCACACCAGUUCUGAAGAGCGGUGAUUGUUUUUUCCACCACAAUUGAAACGAUUACUUGGGUUCUGUCACUUUGCAAAGCUGCUGUUUAUCAUGGGACACAGUGUACAGGAUACUUGCCAUAAUGGUAAACGAUUGAUCUGUUAAAACAAAAUAAAUUUCUGAUUAUUUCUCCUGA